UGUAGAUAGGAUUAGUAACGUUGUUUAAGUAAGAGUGGUUUGUUCAGAUAAGUGUAGACGCUCGUAGUUGUUGGUUCAGCUUAGUAGUGAGAAACUACAUGAUAUUAUAGACCACUCGAUAAUUACGAGUCGCAUAUAUUAGUACUUAUUAAUUUAUACUCGUACAUUAGGGAGCAACAUGGAGCGCGGCGAGGGCAUACAGGUGGUGAAGCUGGGCGAGCGCGAGGGCGCGGCGCGGUACGAGCUGGACGAGGGGGCGCUGCGCCGCGUGCUGCUGCGCGAGGACGUGCGCGGCCUGCCCGUGGUGGUGGUCAGCGUCGCCGGCGCCUACCGCGGCGGCAAGUCCUUCAUUCUCAAUUUCUUCCUCAGAUACCUCAACGCAUCUCGCAAGAGUCAGCUGGAUGGUACGUGGCUGGGGGAGGAAGACGAGCCUCUGAAAGGAUUUCACUGGCGAGGUGGAUGUGAACGAGAGACCACGGGCAUCCAUCUGUGGUCGGAGCCCAUCAUUACAACCACAGAAAACGGCAAAAAGGUAGCUGUGUUGCUGAUGGACACACAGGGCACCUUCGACUCGGAGACCACGAUCGGUCAGAACUCGACAAUCUUCGCGUUUUCAACCCUCAUCUCGUCCGUGCAGAUCUACAACCUGUACGGUAACAUCAAGGAGGAUGAUCUACAACACUUACAGCUGUUUGCGGAGUACGGCAGUUUGGCGAGCGAGACCCAGGGCAAGACAUUCCAGACGCUUUUGUUCCUCAUCAGGGACUGGACGUAUCCGUUCGAACACCCUUAUGGUUUCACAGGCGGCUCAGCACUACUGUGUAAAAAACUUCAGUUGAACCGAAACGUGAAUCCAGAAUUGCGACACGUCCGUGAACACCUAACUUCGUGUUUCGAAGAUAUCAAGUGUUUCCUCAUGCCACAUCCAGGUCUCACUGUUGAACAUCCAAAUUUUGAUGGCCGUAUAUCUGGCUUGACUGAAAACUUCAGAUCGGCGCUUUUAAAUUUGGUGCCUUCUCUGUUCGACCCAAAACACCUCACUCCAAAGAAAAUCAACGGCGUAUUAGUCUCGACACAAGACUUGUUCGAGUACUUUCAGAAAUAUGUCAAUAUCUUCAACAGUGAUGAAGUGCCCCAAGUGACAAGCAUCUGUCAGGCGACGGCAGACGCGUGUCUGCUGGCGGCGACGCGCGAGGCGCGCGAGCUGUACUCGCAGCACAUGGAAGCGCACGUGCGCGACAACUUCAGUGUCAGCAACGCCACGCUCACUGCCUGGCACGAGGAAGCGCGGGACCAAGCCCUGCGAUGCUUCACAAAGAAGAAGAACCUUAUUCCCUUCGGCAAUAAGACGCAAGACGCAACCCCUCGCUUCUUCCAAGAGGAACUGGAUGCACUCCUUUCACUUUACUUGUGGAAUAACGACAAAAAAGUUCGCGACACUAUGUCCCUUGCUGCACAAGCCUACGAGGCGGCGGUGAGCCGCGUGUCCGCGGAGCACGCGCGGCUGUGCCUGCACCCGCGGGACCUGGACGAGCUGCACGCAGAUGCACUGCGACAGGCACUAGAAGUCUUCAGUGCCUCCAGAGACGUACCCCCAGGCCAAGAAGACGAUAAAAAAUUUGAAUUAACACGUAAGUUGCAGCAACGCUACAAGCACUUGUGCGUCAUCAACGAGCAGAACAACAAGAGUAGCGUGAUGGAGGUACGAGAGGUAUACGUGAGGCGAAUGAAGCUGGAGAUGGACCAGUCGGGCGUCAGCUCCGAGCGACUCUCCACACUGCACCGGGACGCAGUCGACUUCGCUACAACUUCCUUCUACGCGAGGAGGAACCUUCCCACGCGGCGAGACGACGAUCCUCACCUUCAGCGACUUUUGCAGGAAAUGGAAGACUGUUUUGCUGAAUUUAAGCAGGGCAUUGUUAAGAGUAACAGGAUGAUGAGGCAGAUGGCUGAAUAUGCGUACAACAACUACAUAAUGUCGGCGUGGGGCCCGCAGACGUGCUGCUUCCACCCGCGCGCGUUGGAGGACUUGCACAACGAGGCUGUCACUGAAGUCAACAAACAGUUACAUGGAGACGGAAAUGAAGAUGAAAACAAAGCAGCCAUUAUGGAAGUCCUGGCAAGACGUUUCUCUGAACUGAAGAUGACUAACGAGUACAAUAACGAGCGAGCGGUAGAGCAAGCGUUCAAUGCGUAUAUCAUGAAGAUGGACAAGCUCACGCGGCCUUCCGGGGUUUCCGCGUUGGUGUUCGCAUUCUUCACUAUACUCCAGUUUUCUUUGGCUUUCCACCACGAAGAAACCAAGCGAGCUGCAGUGCAAGAGUUUAAUCACAGGCGUCGUGGCACACCGUACGAUCAGGAUCCAUAUUACGACCGCUUGGUGCAGAACAUCGACGCGGCCUAUGGAAACUACAGUAGUCCAGUGAUGACCUUCUUGAGGGAGCUAGGAUUCUGUAGAGACCAAGCUGCAUUACCGGCUAACAAUACUCACAAUGGAUAAUACUUAAUGACCAAUAUGAAUAAGCCACUGUAAUUCUUCAACUUUUUCUAAUUGUAAUUUAUCUGAACUGAGAUGAUAAUUCAUUGUAUAGGUAAUCAUGUCUUCUAAAUAUAUUUGUUUGUUGAUAGUAACUUUGAGUACGGUACCUAAUCAAAUUCUCGGUUCUACUACUACUAUUUAACUUACCUACUGUUCUUUAUUUCUCACUUGUGUGCUGACUCGUCAGCGUAGGCUUCAUUUCAUUAUACAUUAGGCUUUCCCAGAUUUGAAUGCAUAAACUAUGUUUUGUUUAGUAUGGAAACUAGAUUUAGUAAUUAGUUAUGACUAAUCCUAAUUAAUCUUGGUCCUGAUGAUGCCCUUACAUUUUUUUUACCUAACUUUAUAAGAGAUCUAUGUAUUGUUCAUUCCUUGAAAGUAAGUUCAUUCAGGUAUCACUAUCAAGUACAGGAUAUUCAAAGGACCAAUAUUUUAGAGAUCUGUCUCUUUAUAUGGCGUUGAUCGAAAUAUAUUUUAUAUUUUUUAUACUUAGUAAUUUUCAUGAAAAUAUAUUCUGUUUAGUAACGAUAA